GUUAGUUGACGACAAUGUGAGUUAACGGAAAAGUUCCCUCUGUGAGUUCAGCUCAGUGUCGAGACCGGGAUAGUUUUACCGGGCGUGUGCUUCCAGAACUUCCAGAAGCGAUGCCAGCCUGUGGUGGAGCCGUGCCAUAAAGCGGAAGGAGAGUCUUUUGACCCAGCGACUUCUCCAGUGAACCCCAACCCCUGACUCAGGGAUACCAUGGGACCCCUCCAUAGUCACACUUCUCCCCUCCUCUUCCUCCUCUCCCUCCUUCUUCUGUGCCACCACUGCUCCUCCUUCGGGCCCCAGUUUGUGGAGAGAGCAUCUGGUCCCGAGCAGCCUCAGACCUCUGGUAACAUGACGGGGUCUGGAAAGCGGAUGUGUUCGGGUGUUGUGGUGUGUAAACCUGGCAUCCUGCUGCCGGAGUGGCUACCACUCAACCCUCCAGUGGGAGAGCAGGCGGGGAGGGCUGUUCUCUAUUUCCUGUGUCUCAUAUACAUGUUCCUGGGUGUGUCCAUCGUCGCCGAUCGCUUCAUGGCAUCUAUAGAAGUCAUUACCUCUCAGGAGAAAGAGGUGACCAUAACGAAACCCAACGGUGAAACCACGGUGACAACAGUACGUAUCUGGAACGAAACGGUGUCCAACCUCACACUCAUGGCCCUGGGCUCCUCGGCACCCGAGAUUCUACUUUCUGUUAUUGAGGUGUGUGGGCACAACUUUCAUGCCGGAGAGCUUGGCCCGGGCACCAUAGUGGGGAGUGCGGCCUUCAAUAUGUUUGUGAUAAUUGGCCUGUGUGUGUGGGUAAUCCCUGAUGGAGAGACCCGCAAGAUCAAGCACCUGCGAGUGUUUUUUAUUACAGCUUUCUGGAGUAUAUUUGCCUACAUUUGGCUCUACCUCAUACUGGCUGUCAUCUCACCUGGGAUUGUAGAGGUGUGGGAGGCUGCAGUGACGCUGCUUUAUUUUCCGGUGUGUGUGAUCUUGGCUUGGAUCGCUGAUCGGCGCCUACUUAUCUACAAAUACAUGCACAAGCGUUACCGUGCUGACAAGAGACACGGCAUUGUGGUAGAAAUGGAAGGUGAUGCCGAUUCCAAAGGCAUUGAUGUGAUCAUGGAUGGAAAGCUGUCAGAUGGCAAUUCGUGCCCUGGAAACUCCUCCAGUGUGACGGUCUCAGUGCAGACGGGCAAUGAACUAGACCAGAACAAAGAUGAGGUGGUCCGCAUCCUGAAAGACUUGAAGGAGAAACACCCAGACAAAGACCUGGACCAGCUAAUUGAGAUGGCCAACUACUCUGCUCUGGUUCACCAGAGGAAAAGCCGCGCCUUCUACCGUGUCCAGGCAACACGCAUGAUGAUCGGUGCUGGCAACAUAUUAAGGAAACAUGCUGCUGAGCACACACGGCGUACAGGAGGCCCAGAUGCUGAUAAAGCCACAUGCUCGCACAUUUGCUUUGAAAGUGCUCAGUACCAGUGCACAGAGAACUGUGGCUCUCUAACCUUGGGGGUGAUCCUUGAUGGUGGCACAGGCCAGAACACAUUCUAUGUGGACUACUGUACAGAAAAUGGUUCUGCCAAUGCUGGAGAAGACUAUGAAUUCACUGAGGGAACUCUAGUAUUCAAACCAGGGGAGACCCGCAAAGAGAUCAAGGUGGGUAUCCUGGAUGAUGAUAUCUUUGAGGAGGACGAGCAUUUCUUUGUGCGUCUUCAGAAGCUGAGAUUAGAGGAGGGUGGAAAUGAAGGGACAGGAACUCCACCAAAGGGUAGAUUAGUGGAGCCUCUGGUUGCCACCAUCACUAUCUUGGAUGAUGACCAUGCUGGCAUCUUCACCUUUGGGCAGAAAGUGCUGCGGGUGAGUGAGAGCACAGGCACACUUAGGGUGACUGUGGUGAGAAACUCAGGCUCCAGGGGCACAGUGGCCGUACCAUACCAUACGGAGGAUGGCAGUGCCAAGGCUGGAGUGGACUACGAGGAGACCAGAGGGGAGGUGGAAUUCACCAAUGAACAGACCAGUCAGACACUACAAGUGCGCAUUAUAAAUGUGGAGGAGUACGAGAAGCAGGAAAACUUCUUCAUUGUGCUUGAGGACCCCAAAUGGCUGAAGCGAGGAAUCUCAGCACUGCUGCUAAACCAGGGCAACCCCACCCCUGAGGAAGAAGAGGCCAGAAGGAUCUCCGAGAUGGGAAAACCCAUUCUAGGAGAGCACAGCAGACUUGAGGUCAUCAUUGAGGAGUCCUGUGAGUUUAAGACUCCCAAUGGAUUGCUAGACCAGAGCACUGUGGACAAACUCAUCAAAGACACAAAUCUGGCUGUAGUGGUUGGCACACACUCGUGGAGAGAGCAGUUCAUUGAAGCAGUCACAGUCAGUGCAGGUGAUGGAGAUGAGGAGGAGGGACAGGAGCAGAGAACGCCGAACUGUUUUGACUAUUUCUUGCACAUAUUGUGCAUUUUCUGGAAGAUUCUUUUUGCCUUUAUCCCGCCCACUGAGUACUGGAACGGCUGGGCUUGCUUCGUAGUAUCAAUUGGUGUCAUUGGUGUUUUAACAGCCGUUAUUGGAGACCUUGCUUCCCAUUUUGGCUGCACUGUCGGCCUGAGAGACAGUGUCACUGCAGUUGUCUUUGUAGCACUGGGGACCUCAGUUCCUGACACCUUUGCCAGCAAAGUGGCUGCCACGCAGGAUCAGUACGCGGACGCAUCUGUGGGAAAUGUUACAGGAAGCAACGCGGUUAAUGUGUUUUUGGGCAUUGGGGUAGCCUGGUCCGUGGCUGCUGUAUAUUGGGAAGUGAAAGGAAAGGUCUUCCGUGUGGAACCCGGCUCGCUGGCCUUCUCCGUCACACUCUUCACCAUUUUUGCCUUCUUCAGUUUUGGAGUGUUGAUGUUACGCCGAAGGCCGUCCAUAGGUGGUGAACUAGGAGGCCCACGGAUCCCCAAAAUCCUCACUGCACUGCUUUUCUUUGGACUCUGGUUUCUCUACAUCCUCUUCUCCAGCUUGGAGGCCUAUUGCCAUAUACAAGGCUUCUGAGAGAGCUCUGCUGGGAAGAGUCAUGACUGCACACUAACAAACACACACGUCACCAGGACAUUCACCUGGACUGUACAGUCACAAUAAAACUACUGCUGAGAAUCAUUGUCAUCACUUGACAACUGCUGCCAUUGUUCAUAAAGAUACACUCUACAGACUCACAUAUCCAAAGCUGUAUGUCACAUCCACUGCGGAACUGUUCCAGAUAGUAGAAUUAACUGUGACAAUUUUCACAUACGCAAACUAGAUGACAUGCAGCAACUGUUUUUGAUAAAGCAGAAGAAAUUUUCAGUAUGUACUACUCUGUGAACUCACUGGAUUUUGCUUGAUACUGGCUUGAUACCUGAUGGCUCAUAACCUGGAUUUCAAGUUUGGUCUUGUUUUCCCUUUACUUCCAAAGACUGGAUCAGAUCGAACUGCCUAACCUAGAGGUUAAAUAAGAAAAUCUGUGGGAACUGAUUUUACACAGGUGAGCAAUGUACUUGAUAAUCUACAAUUAGCUGCUCUGAUGUAUGAAGAUAGCAAUCAGUGUUAUAGCAGUCUGUUGUUGCUGUCACCUCUGAGUGUAUCCUCAAGCUUAUACCAUGGCCACCUAUCCCACGCAAAACAGUCUAAAUUCAAACUGUCAUCCAUUUAUUUAGGAAUGGUUUUUGUCAAUAAUCAUGAACCAAAGUCACUUCGAAUGGAACCUUACCAGCUAAUCAGAAGCAAGUGUUUUUUAUGGCCAUGGUAUAAAACAGCUGAGUACAGUUUGGUUACAGCUACACUUUGAGAGAUAAGCUGCUGUUGUGAAAUAUCUCUCCCCACUAAAUUGUGUAUCCCUGUUGAGUUAUGUAACACAUGGCAUUGUUUUAAUGUAUUACACUGCACCUAUUGAAUUUGAUCACACUGUAAGUAUUGAUGAUAAUGACAAUCUUAAAUGCACUACAUGGACCCAAUAUUGAAAUGUCAAAUUGACAAUCACACAGGCAGUGAGUUUCUGAUAAGCACCUGGAGUCUGCCAUUUAGUGUGACUGUUUGAAAGUGAUGUUUCAUUCACCCCUGAAGUCUUAUCUGUUUAUUUAUCAAUGGUGUAAUUUGAUAUCUUUCUAAUGUAAUGUAUUUGAGCUGAUAUGGACAAAAACAUAUUGUAAUUUAUUGUAAGUUGUUAUAAUUACAUUGAAAUUUUAACUGAA